UAUUGUCCAUAUUUGAAGGCGAUGGGAUGGCCUUUGAAUAUACAAAGGGACUCUUAUUUGCUUUUCGUUCGAAAGAUUAGGAUCUUGCGUGGGAUUAAAGUCGAGGCGUGUCGAGGCUGUGUUUCAUAAGUACGAGUACACAGGGAUUACGGAUAUUGACGGAUAUCGAUAACGGGAAAAAGAAAAAAAAAGCAGGCGAAUUUUUGCUCCACACUUUAUCUUAUAACGGAUAGUAUGGAGCGAGAGAGAAAUGAAAGGUUAAUCGCGAGGGAAAUCGAGGAAGAGGAAAUGAAACGUGAACUUACAGGUAUUGGGAUAUACGAGCCAGGAUUUACAUAUAAAGAAAUGAAAAGACUACUCGAAUUUGUUAACGAGUCUCAAGAUACAUCGAACGUUGCUUCCAAUAAUAAAAAUAUGCAGGAGGCAAUACAACAUUCUAAUAAUGAGUGCCUAUCAAAUGUUACAUCCGACAUGCAGCAAGAAACGACUUUACAGAAGUGUAUGGAAAUGCCAAGACCAUCAUACUCGUGUAAAUUGAAUCAUGCGUCUUCGACUAUGCACGAACGUAAGGCCGUACAUUAUAUCAACAGUCCGGAAUCUUCACCCCUUUUUGAAGCACGAAGCCCUAUUUAUAAGAGUUCUAGCAAUGAUGAGCUAUUCGAGAAACAGUGUGAUAAUUCCAACUCCGCACACGAUACAAAUCUUUCAUUGAGAUUAGAAAAUGUUUCACGGGAAUACCAAAACGUGAUGGAGAAAAGAAUAGCGGAGGAUGCGCAAAGUGAAAUUAUUCAGAAGCUGGAAAAAUGGCGAUUGAAUCCGCUCGAUGUCUGCAUCAACGAAAACGACGUGCCUUUGCAACAGCCAAAUAGAUCUUUAGCUCGAGAACGUAUACCGUUUGAGUAUUGUAAAGAAGCGCGCAUGUCCGAUCAGUGUGACCAAGUAAUACGAUCUGUGAAUCAGCAUUUGAAGGAAAUGGCAAUCUUGUGGUACAGUUGGCGCCCCAUUACCAAUUCGAUAUUUCAAUGGGGGUCACCCAUUCAGGUCAGCAUUGAUAACAGUAGUUUGGAUAAAAAAUCAUUAAGAAAUUCUAAAACUGAACAGAUGAAAGCAGAAUGUACAUAUCGGGAUGGUUAUGAGCGAGCUAGUAAACGUAAAGCGAAUACUCUCAUUGCGACUCUGAAUAAAGAUAGUUCCUCCGAGAACGAAGAUGACAAUCAUUACAACUUUAUUCGUAACAAAAAAAAGAGAAUUCGAUCGAAUGAAAAAUUGAAUAAUGUAGAAUAUGUUGAGAAUCAACAUGCACAUACUAGUUAUAAGAAAGAAAACUUGAUUGCAGAUAAUUCUUUCAGCGAUGAUAAUAGCAAUACGAAUAUUGAUAAUGAGUACGUUAAACAUUUAUGCUGCUCGCCUGAAUUAAUCGCACAUCCUAGAAGAACAAGACCUCCCAAUCCUAAAAUGCGUUUAAGUCUGGCUAAAAAAAGAAAGGAAAACACUACAUCGAAACUAAUAUUUCCAAAGACGCGAUGCGCUAAUGAGAAUAAAGAUAUUGAACAGGCAAGAAAUCAAAAGAAAGAUAAUACAAUGACAGAAGAAGAAAUUCAUCGCCUACUAGAAGAAGAUUGGAGUAAUGAUGAGGAAAAAGUUGCAGGGGAAAAGGAUGUAAAGCUUCGACCACUGCCGGUAGUAAAAGAAGUACGAUCUAGAUUACGAGAUAAACGAUUGUCAUUAAACAAUAAAAAAGCGAAGGAGGCCCGGACAAUGGUGAAAGAGGAAAAAAGCGAUGAGGAGCAAAAUAAGAUAAAGAGAUUGAGGUUUAGCGAACGACGAAAGCUAGAAGAAUUACGCAGUAUAGAUAAUAGAAAUGGAAGUUGGGAGCGUGAACUGUUGUCUGAUGAGGAUAAAUCGUCUAAGAUGAAUCAAUUUGAUUUUCAGAAUGGUAAUCGAUCUGAUAAUGUACCUACAUCGACGAACAAUGUAAGUUGUCCUAUAUGUAAUAAAUGGUUUCCACAUAAUGAGAUAGAAAAUCAUGCUGCCGAUUGCGAACAAUUCGAGACAAAUAACGAAGACAAUGAUAAUGACAAGGAUCAAUUAGAAUGUAAUACGUGCAGUAAUUAUAAGACAUACAAUGGAAAGGAAUAUGAAGAACAUGUUUAUCGGUGUAUAAAUAAUAAGAAUAAUCAAAGACAUUCACAUGGUUCUGAAGAUAUUAAUAUCACCUCCACUUCAUCGAUCAAAACCAAUCAGUGA